GUUAGGAGGCGGAAUUACGGACGCUGGAGAGCGGCGGGUGCCGCUAGGGCCGGAAAGAUGGCGGUCCUGGCACCUUUAAUUGCUCUGUUGUAUUCGGUGCCGAGGCUUUCACGAUGGCUGGCUCGACCUUACUGCCUUCUGUCUGCUCUGCUCUCUGCCGCUUUCCUACUUGUGAGGAAACUACCACCGCUUUGCCACGGUUUGCCCACCCAGCGCGAAGACGGUAAUCCGUGUGAUUUUGACUGGAGAGAAGUGGAGAUCCUGAUGUUUCUCAGUGCCAUUGUGAUGAUGAAGAACCGAAGAUCUAUCACCGUGGAGCAACAUGUAGGCAACAUCUUCAUGUUUAGUAAAGUGGCCAACACAAUUCUUUUCUUCCGCCUGGAUAUUCGCAUGGGCCUGCUUUACAUCACACUCUGCAUAGUGUUCCUGAUGACCUGCAAACCCCCUCUGUAUAUGGGCCCUGAGUAUAUCAAGUACUUCAGUGAUAAAACUAUUGACGAGGAACUGGAGCGGGACAAGAGGGUCACUUGGAUUGUGGAGUUCUUUGCCAAUUGGUCUAAUGACUGCCAAUCAUUUGCUCCUAUCUAUGCUGACCUCUCCCUCAAGUACAACUGUACAGGGCUAAAUUUUGGGAAGGUGGAUGUUGGACGCUAUACCGAUGUUAGUACCAGGUACAAAGUGAGCAUAUCACCCCUCACCAAGCAACUCCCUACCCUGAUCCUAUUCCAAGGUGGCAAGGAGGUAAUGCGGCGGCCACAGAUUGACAAGAAAGGACGAGCUGUCUCUUGGACCUUCUCUGAGGAGAAUGUAAUUCGUGAAUUUAACUUGAAUGAACUAUACCAACGGGCUAAGAAGAUAUCAAAGACUGGAGACAAUACCCCGGAGGAGCAGUCUGUGGCCCCAACCCCUACCACAGUGCCAGAUGGGGAAAGCAAGAAGGACAAAUAAGAUCACUGCCUUGUUUUUGCUCCCUCUCCUGUCAAUUCCAGGCACCCUUUGAGGCCCUGCUCCAGUGUAACCACAAGCUCUGCCUGAGGCUGCAGCCUUUUAUUUGUUUUCCCUGUUUGACUGUUCCAAGGUGGGCAGAGUGCUGCUUCUGAUUUUAAAGAAGCAUCCACAGAAUUGUCAGGUACCCUAAAGGAAGGCCUGCUGUGCUGUGGCUAACUCUUUUCUUAAGGGAGAGAUCUCAUAGGAUGGGAGUGGAAAUAGUUUCCCUCCAAGGUUGGGUCAUUGUGUAAACUGCUGUUCAUUACUCAGACAUCACCAGUCUGUGGUUUCAUUAUUCCUCUUAGUGGACCUGCACAGCCUAGACUAGAUUAAACCUGCUACAUGCCAGGGUAUAGAACACUAAGAAUUUUUCCUUAAGGACCCUUACUUUCCUUAGGCCCUUCUGGCUUGGUCUGUGGCAUUCAUUAAAAAAGUACAAGCCUAAACUUGUUACUGGUUCCAAGGAGAAACCUUUAACCACAGAGUUUUCAUCAUUGAAAAUAGUAUUAAAUGAUCCCCCUAUUUUGUAGGGAUCCAGAGGAGGAGGAAUAGAAGCUUGAGACUUUCCUUUGUGUGUUGGGACCUGGAGAAGAAAGCCUGAACUGUUCUUUUCUGUGACCUAGUCCCCACACAGAACUGAUAGUUUUCCAUAAUAAAGAGACUGGGAUUUCCUUUUGAUUACU